CAGACAUUAACCAUCAUGGCGGCGUCAUUACAAAAAUAUCAGCAAAUUUUCAUCGUUUGGAAAGCUUGAAAAACCAAAACAACGACAACAAUAUGCACAGUGAGAAGAAACUAACGAAGGAAGACACAUGGAGACCCGCUGACCUAAGAAGACACAUAAGGGAGAGAGACCACAGUGAUGACUAUGCCAAGAGGAGAGAUGAGAAUGAGAGAAAGCACCGUGGUGGGGAAUCCAUAGAGAGACGCCACAGAGACCCAGAGGAAUCCAGACGAGACAGAGACCAAAGGGAGAGGGAAAGAACAAAAGAGAGGGGGGAUAAAGACAAAACAGACAAAUAUGUUACAAGAAGGAAAGAGGGCUCCCAACCCCGAAGAGCUGAAAAAGACAGGGAAAAACUAGAUGAGAAGGACAGGGAAAAAAUUAAAUUGAUAGAUGAUAAAAGAGAAGACAGGGACAAGAAGAGAGAUAGAGUGGAAAAGCAUGAAAGGGAAAGGGAUAAGGAUAGACACAAAGAUAAGGAGAAAGAGAGGCUACGGGAUGGAGAGAGACACACUGAGGAAGACAGGGAUAAACGGAGAGAAGAAAGAGACAAGGAAAGAAGGAGAGAGGAACGGGACCGAGAGUACAGGAGUGAGAGAAGAAGACAUGAGGAAAGUGAUGAAAGGAGAAGAGAUCACAGAGAAAAGCGGCAUGGGGAGCAGAGUGAUCGGCGACACAGAAAUGACUAUGAAGACAAGAAGGACAAAGACAUUCAAGACAAACAUAGAGACAGAAAGCAUUCUGAGCGGAGAGAGGAAAGAGACUAUAAAGAAGAACAUAGAAGACACAAAGAGGAGAGAGAAUGGAAAUACAAAGAGAGAGGGCAUCAUGAUGAAAAGCAGAAGCAUGGGAGUGAAUCCAGGGAGCAUCAGGACUUGAAAGAAUCAAGUGAAGUGGUCAGGCAUUCCCGAGGUAACAGCGACCGAACUGAAAGGAAUAAACGCAGAGAAAUGCAGAAAAAGAAGGAAGAGGACGCAGAGAUUAGAUACAGAGAGAAAGAAAACAAGGAAGAAGAAGACAUCGAACACAAUCAUAGAGACAGAACCAGCUCAAAGAAGCUGUCAUCUGAGAAAAGUCACAGGCAUGAGAAGAAGGAGGCAGUGACAAAGGUUGUUAAUGAUGAAGAUUUGGCAGAACAAGAAUAUGAAGAUGAUUUUGAGAAACUGGAUUACGAAGAGGAUUUUGAGGAGAUGGAUGAGAAUGCGGAGGAAAGUGAAGAUGAGGAGUUGCUGCACCCAGAUGUGGAAGAUGAAGAGACAAAGGAGCUGACAGCACAACAGAGGAAGGAGAUCGAGGCCAUUCAGAGAGCUAUGGCUGAAGAAAAUGAGAGAGCUGGAACAGCUCAGCCCAGACAAAGUACAAGCAGAGAGGAGGAAGACAUACCUAAAGUCUCCAAAGGCUCUGAAAAGACCAAGAGUACAUCCUCCCAACGUGGAAAAUUCAUUGACUUUGUGGCUGCAAAGCAACGUGAAGUCAGCCAGAAAGUUGCUACAAAACAGAAGAAGCGAAGCACUGAGCUUCUUCGCUUAAUUGAUCUGGAUUUUUCCAUGACGUUCUGUCUCUUGGAUCUGCCGCCUGUCAGUGAAUAUGAUAUGUACAUCAGAAACUUUGGAAAUGCAAAUACCAAACAGGCAUAUGUUCAGUGUAAUGAGGAUAAUGCUGAUCGAGACAUCCAGACGGAGGAAAUAGAGAUGAGUGAGAAGUGGACACAGCAUCCUCCAGAGCACCAUGGAGCCUGUGGGGAUUCAAACCUCUCUCAAGGGGCAAGAGAUGAAACCAGAAGUAAUGUGAACAUUGAUUCACAGCGUCUAACAUCAUUUCUACGCUCAGCCUCACAGGUCAUGGUUGUGCUGUUGGAGGAGGAUCAAGCUGAGAGAAAAUCCCUUAGAAAGUUGAAAACUCAAACAGACUCGCUGUCUUUCAGUGACGGAAGCUUGCAGCUCAACACUAAGUUGCCUUUUCUUCAUGGUCGGCAAAUUAGCCUGGUGCACUUCUCUCAGGUUCAGAGACACACCAUGAUGUCAGUCCACAUGCCCACAGCCAAGCCCAGCGCAGUGCGUCUCGACAGCAGCACCAUCAUCUGUGUCUGGAACAUCUGGGAGCCGUCCAGACCUCGGAAGAUUCUCGUCUAUGAAUCUGAGGUUCAGUGUUGCUGUUUCAGUCCUGGAAAAGCCACACUUGUGUUUGCAGGGACGUCAGUCGGCUCUGUGGUGCUGUGGGACCUGAGGGAGCAUGCUAGUAACCAUUACUGCUUAAAAAUUGGGGAGGAUGAGUGGAUCCUGAGGCUGCCUACUUUCUCUACUGAUGCAGUGAUGGCUGCCUCAGCCCAUUUCUCACCUGUGACAUCUGUCGAAGUUGUUCCCUCCACUGUAGCUCGAGGACUGAGAGCACAGGUCCCACUUCUGGCAUCUGAGGAAGAGUCUACAGGAUUGUCAUUCCAGUUGGCGUCUUUGGAUGAAAGUGGGGUUUUGAAUUUCUGGGUGGUGGUAGAGCUCCCAAAUGUCAACGAGGCUGGCUCUCCAACAGAUCUAGGUCUUCGACCUGGGGGCAAAGUAAAGCUGCUUCACAGCUCCUCUCUUCUCACUGCUGAGAGGUCAUCAGCACGAGAUGUAAAGAAAACAUGGCCGUCACAGACACUGCUUUUAAAGUUCCAUCCAACAGACUCCAAUCAUUUCUUUCUUGGCACCAAUUUGGGUCUGGUCAGCCAUGGAACAAGCCAUGGUCUGAAGGCGUCGCCAAAGUUCUACCGGUUUGUGGAGGGUGAUGUGCGACCUGUUGAUGUCAGCUCAGUCCACUUCUCUCCCUUCAAACCGCAUAUGUUCUUGGUCGGAUGUGGAGAUGGCAGCAUCAGGCUGCAUACAGUCAGCCAUGAGCAGCCUGUGGCAGAGUGGAGGAGCAGCACAGCUGGAAACCCGGUGGUCUCACUGCAGUGGGCUCAGACCCGGCCGACGGUCUUCUGUGUGCUCGAUGCCGCCUCAAACCUCCAUAUAUGGGACCUGUUGAAAAAUGAUGCCCAACCUGUAGUCACAGAGAGAAUGAAUGCUGAUAGGGUGACAGCUAUGGCUGUGUUUGGAGACUCAGGACAACAAAGCACAUAUUCAGGAAUAGCUCUGGCCCAUGAGUCCGGAAAAAUAGAGCUGCAAUAUUUCAGUACAAGUUUUACUGUGUCCAGCUGUGCAGAGGAGGGGAAGUUGGAGAGUUUGGUAACUGAAGCAAUUUGAAUUUCUGCAUCUUUAAACUGAAGUUGAUUCACACCUUUGUUUCUGCAACUGCUUUUAAAUUCUGGAGGAGCAUAAAGUUCAGUUUAUGAAUCCAUUUUUGUGAUAGUCACUUUGUAUAAUCGAUACAAUAAAUGUGAUAUUUUUUUGUUUUGUCUUGUUUUUUUGUUUUUUUUCUUCUUUUUUACAAUAAAAAGUUAAAAACGUAAAAUGUAGCUAAAUACCAAAGAUCAGUACAUUUAUGAUAAAUGUUCAAAGACGCAGGUGUACAUGCUUGUAUAUAUACAUAUUUUUACCUUUUUGAAGAAAUUUCAAUGUGCAAGGUGUUAACAAUUUAUUAUUUUUUAUAUAUAUAAACUGAAUAAAUCUAUC